CCCAGGUCUCAGAGCUCCUAUAAAAUGGGGCUCCCAACUCAGUACUGGCACAGAGCACAGUUGCGUUCUGAAGCUUCUAGGUUCUCUAGUCUGAGCUCCAGGAAAGCCUCUUUUCUGCCAAGACCAUGAAGCUCUACGUGUCUGCCCUCUCUCUGCUCGUGCUCCUGGCUGCCUUCUGCUCUCCAGCACUCUCAGCACCAAUGGGCUCAGACCCGCCUACAUCCUGCUGCUUCUCUUACAUCUCACGGAAACUUAAUCGCAACUUUGUGGUGGAUUACUACGAGACCAGCAGCCUCUGCUCCCAGCCAGCUGUGGUGUUCCUGACCAAAAGGGGCAAGCAACUCUGCGCCAACCCCACUGAGCCCUGGGUCCAGGAGUAUGUCAGUGACCUGGAACUGAACUGAGCCACUCUGGGCUGGAAGCCAAGGGUCUCCAGGGAAGGUCAUCUGAACCCGAAGCCGGUCAGCAAGAUGGCCCCUCCCCUGUAGUCCUCGUUCCUUCUCUUAAUUUAAUCUCCAUUGUGUGUUGUAUUAUCCUAUUGGAUGUUGUUUCCAUUAUUUAUGUUCAUUUUGCCAAAGGACACAUGUCCCCCAAGGGGAUGGUCCACCGUCACCGUUUCUCUGUUGUAGAGGAGACAUGGAUAAUGUAGUUGAUGCCAAAUGUUUUCAUA